GUUCAUCAACAAUCUACGGUCUUCAGUGUCCACGCCCUCACGUUGUUCCAUAAGGCAGACAACUCGCUAGCCAUCGUAUAGCCGUUAUUCAUCACGACACAAGACGAACAGCCGACCUCCCCUACAUACAGGCGGGACGACGGUUUCGCAUACAGGCAACACUCCAGUCGGCGGCGACCAUAACUUCUGAGUCAACUCAAGGCAACGGCGACUGGCAUACCGCUUCGGAACUGCCCAACUAGAGCGGCGUAGCUGGCAGCAGACGACGCGACGAACACGAGCUUUUGUUACCAAUCACGACACACGGCUUUGCGAGCGAACAUUGUGUUUCUAGUGUCAAAGGCUCGCAAGUGAGUCUGGGAUUCGCGAUCCGGCGAUUGAGUCGCACGCGAUUGGGCGAUUACGUCGCACGAUAUUGGGCGAUUGAUUCGCACGCGAUUGGGAGACUGCAUCGCACGCGACUGGUCGAUUGAGUCGCACUGUGCCGUCGGAUUGAAGUACUGGCAUAUCAUACUGACACAUUACGCCGAAACAUUACGCCGACUCGUUCCAGCUCCAAAUUGCUGGUCGCGUCGUGGUUCGAUCGUGAAGACGCUGUCAGGCUACGGUGUCGCAGUGGGGUUACACCUUUCGCCAACGGUCGCUAACGCCUGGCACCAAGCCAGCCCGUUAAUAUAUCCCUUCAUCUUCUGCGACAUUCCGCAUCGCCAUUCGAAGCCUCUCGUCGCAUUCCUAGCUACUCCCCUACCCACCGACCCCACGGUCUCCCCCCCACCCCACUCUCAGCCUCCCCCUCCCUCCCUCCCUGCCUCAUCUCCAUUCCUACCCUUUCCCUCCCUUUCUUACGCCGCUCCUACUCUCCCCCAUCGCACUUCUAUUCUAUUCCCCCAUCCCCUUCCUCGUUAGCCGCCCCUUCCGCCACCACGGGCGGCGCUCCCUUCCCCCGCCUCCUCUUCCGCAACCCCCGCAGCCCCCUCUGCAACCCCCUGCUUCCCCCGCCCAAGGUUCCCCCUCCCCGCCGCCGCCUCCCCCCUCCCCGCCCCUCUUCUUUUUUCCCCCCGCGGCCGCCGCCACCCUGGACGCGGAGGAGAGGUUACUUGGGGGGACGGAUGGGGAAACGGGGGAAGGAGCCGGGGGGAACGCGGGAGGGGUGAGCGGAGAGGAAAGAGCGGGGAAGGAAGGGGGAAAGGAGGAAGGCUUAGGAGAAAGGUCGGGGGACAUUAUGGGAGGGGGCAGCGCGAGCGGGGAACAGGAGCCGCUGACGGGCGGGAGAGGCGGAGGAGGGGGGGAGAGGGGGAAGGCGGGGAGAAGGGGGGAGGAGAGGAACAAGGGGUGGAGGCGGAGGGUGUUGGGGAGGGGUGGCAGCAGACGGUUUCGGAUGUUAAGACUGGCUCGGGGAGCUGCGCCGUGCGCGCAGCAGAUGAGAUGCGGAGAGAGGGGGAGGAGGGUGGGGAGGGGAAGAGCGUGGGGGGGAUGCAAGGUGGGGAAGGAGGUUCAGAAGCAGCACCAGGGGGGGAAGGGGGGGAAGGGGGGGGAGGUGGGGAAGGAGCGGAAGACGAAGCUCCAGGGCAGAGUGGAGGAAAGGUGGCUGGAGGGCAGCAGUCGGCAGUCUCUCAGCAAAUAGACCCCUCUCAAGCAGCAUCCAGGGCCCCACGGGCCGCAGCCGCAGGGGCAGCAGGCGGAGGGGGAGGGCGCACUUGGGGCGGGGGCAUCCGCGCCAACACGACCCCGUACUGGCGCUUCGUGCAGAUCAUCUCCGCAGUGGGCGCGGGGGUGAUCUUCGUCCCGGCGCUCGUCUUCACUGUGAUCAUCUUCCUGCGCUCGCUCUGCCUGCAACUUUGGUACCGCUUCUGCUACACCGGGGCUGUGCGACGGCGUAACCGGCGUGUGGUUACCCCCUCGUGCCUGUCCGUGCUGCCGUGCAUGCGGGGGACCCUGGAUUUGGGGGAGAGGCUGGAGGUGGUUUCGUGGGAAGGGGGGCGGGUGGUGACAUGGCGGAAGGGAGAGGAGGCGGCGAGAGGGAGCGGUGCUGGUGGUGCUGCUGUUGCUGGUGGUGGUGCUGGUGGUGGCGAUGCUGGCAGUUCAAGCAGUGAGCCGGCAAAGGAAGGGGAGGUGAGCAAGGGAGCAACAGGCGACGGAGGAGGGGAGGUGCGGAUCGACGUGGAAGCAAGUGGGGGAGGAGCGAGUGUGGAGGCAGGAGCAGAGAGUGAGGGGGGAGGCGACAACACGGUGGAGGGGAUGGUGAUCCGGCCUGCGUCCCCCAUGGCGAGGGUGGCGGAGAACAGCUACCAGCGCGGCAUCCCCAGGCGCCUGUCGCUGAGCUUCGUGCACGCGUGGACGUUCACGUACACGCAUGUGGUGAACCGCACCAAAGUUAUUAACGAGGACACGCUGCUGGAGCUGGUCAGGCGGAGGCCCAAGGGGACUCCGCUCAUCACCGUCAGCAACCACAUGUCCACCCUUGACGACCCGCUCCUGUGGAACCAGUGGCGCCUGCGCUUCUCCGAUCCGUAUCGCUGCCGGUGGACGCUCACUGCACGUGACAUCUGCUUCACCAACCCCUUCACUGCGUACCUCUUCCGCCUCGCCAAGUGCAUCCCCAUCGACCGCUACGGGGGCAUCUACCAGGACGGCAUGACAGAGGCGGUGCAGCGGCUGAGCGCUGGUGGCUGGCUGCACAUAUUCCCCGAGGGCCGGAUCACCCAGGAGCACGUGGCAUUGGCGCGCCUCAAGUGGGGCCUGGCGUCUGUCAUUGACCGCUGCACCUCCCCGGUGCCACCUGUUAUCCUCUGUGUGGCACACAGCGGGUUUGAGAAUGUGAUGCCUGAGCCGCGCGCCUUUGGCCACAGGGCCAUCGCGCCUCUGUGGGGGCAGCGCAUAGCCGUGGUGGUGGGGGAGCCCUUCCAGUUCCACAUGGGCGCGCUCAGAGCCGCUGCAAGCCAUGCUGCUGCCCACCCGGACGAGUCUGCCUUUGGGGCGGACUCCACGCCUCCUGCUUCCGUCCCCCCCGCUGCUGCUGCUGCUGCUGCUCCUUCUGGUGCAUCUGCUGGUGCUGAUACUGCUGGUGCUGCUCCUGCUGCUCCUGCUGGUUCGGCUGAUGCUGUUCCUCCAACCUCUGCUGCUACAUCCAGUGGCGCUACAGCCAUUGAGGUGCCAGGCAGCAGUGUGACAGGGGGGAGCAGUGCGGUGAAGGAUGAGGCAACCAGGAGGCUGUACGCCUUCAUCACCGGGGAGGUGCGGCAGCGACUGCAGGUGGCAGUGGAUGAAGCCCACAGGCGACAGGCGGAUGGGUGCUGCAGAUGAUGGCAUGCUGCUUUUUGGAGUCAAAAUAAGAAAUUAUUGUUGGAGUCUACGGCAAUCUCUACUGAUUUAGCAUCUAGGGUGUAUCACAGGGGAGGUGUGGUAGAGACUGCAGGCGGCUGUGGAUGAGGCGCAGUCUAUAAGCAGGCACGUUCUGUAGCUGAUUGUUUUGGCAUGGAAAAUGCCAGUGGCGGCAUUCCAUAUGCUUGGCUUGCUUUUGAACUAGUUACCAGCAUGGUAGAAUUCCCAUUGAUUUUGACACGCCAUACCAUCGUUCUUUUUUUUUUUAUGUGUUAUAGGAGGCGG